UGGCCCGCGUCUUCUCCACCAUUUCCAACUCCCAAGUCCGUGAAAAAGAAGAAGAAAGAGGAAGAAAGGUGGGAUUUUGGAGGCUUGAAUCACUUGGAGGAGAUGCUUGGAUCGUGUUGCGGGGGCAUGGGAUGGUGGGGAGCCGGCGGCGAUGAGUUGCAGUGGCAUUUGGAGCUCAAACCUCACACAUCGGGGGACUUCUCUAUUGCGGUCGCGCAGGCGAACGUUGUGCUUGAAGACCAGAGCCAGGUGAUGUCCUCUCCCUCGGCAACGCUUGUCGGCGUUUACGAUGGUCAUGGGGGCCCGGAGGCCUCGCGUUUUGUUAAUAGCCGCCUUUUUUCUCAUUUGCAUAAGUUUGCUUCAGAGCAUGGUGCGUUUUCGGAAGAGGUAAUGCGAAAGGCAUUCGAUGUAACAGAGCAGGAGUUUGUGCAUUUAGUGAGGCGGUCAUGGGUGUCAAGGCCGCAGCUUGCAUCAGUGGGUUCAUGCUGCCUUGUUGGGGCUAUUGCAAAUGGUGUUCUCUAUGUGGCAAACCUUGGAGACUCCAGGGCAGUGCUUGGCAGACGAGCGACAAAUGGGAGAGGGGUUGUGGCAGAGCGGUUGUCGAGUGACCACAAUGUUGCUGUGGAGGAGGUCAGAAAAGAACUCAGAGAACAGCAUCCGGAUGACCCUCACAUUGUUGUAUAUAACCGCGGGAUUUGGAGGAUUAAGGGGAUUAUACAGGUUUCAAGGUCAAUUGGUGAUGUCUACCUGAAGAGACCUGAGCUAAGUAGAGAGCCGUUAUUCCAACGGUAUGUCUGUCCCGUUCCACUCAAACGGCCCGUCAUGUCUGCUGAGCCAUCGAUCAGAGUUCGUAAGCUCAUGAGUGAUGACUUGUUCAUGAUAUUCGCAUCAGAUGGUCUCUGGGAACAAUUAACUGAUGACGCUGUGGUAGAAAUAGUAUCCAGAAACCCGCGUUCGGGUAUCGCAAAGAGACUAGUGAGAGCUGCACUCGAUGAAACUGCAAGAAAAAGGGAAAUCAGAUACAAUGACAUAAUAAAGAUUGAGAAAGGAACAAGACGGCAUUUCCAUGACGACAUCACAGUUAUAGUUAUCUAUCUCGAUCAGCACCGCAACAAUGCAUCCCGUUCAAAGUGCAACACCUUCGACUACACGAAUGCACCUAUCGAUAUCUUCUCGCUCAAUUCUGAUUGUGAAGCUGAAGAUCCUGGUAUCGUCAUAUAGAUCGAUUAUCGGGCAUUGUGAAUACAGAAAGUAUACAGGGCUAGAAUAUUUGUACAUAAAAAUCUUCAUUGCUGAGAGGUUUUGGUCCUUUAGGAUUUACAUUGAGCUUCAUAAGAGAGACAAAUAUAGAGAAAAAUAAGUGAAAUAUAUAUAUAUAUGUUUUAUUUUGUUA